UUUUUUGUUGUACCAAUGCUAUUAAUUCAAAGUAUAAAUAAAAAUUCUUGUCUAAAUUAUGAGCAACGUAGUUCAUGCAUAAUAUAGUAUUCGUUAUUUAUUUUUAUAGAUUACUAAUUAAUUAAUUGUUUCGCCAUCAACAUUAAUUCAUUUUGGCCUGUGGAACUACUAAUUAGUGUUUAGAAGUAUAUUUUGUUAGUGGGAUACCCACUUUUAUAAGAGAAUAUUCAACAUAUUUGGUUGUCAAGAGUUUAGUUUAUGUACUAGGCAAAAUCAUAAUGAGCUUCCUAUUUGGAGGCAGAUCAUCAAAAACAUUUAAACCAAAGAAAAAUAUACCAGAGGGUACACACCAAUACGAUCUGAUGAAACACGCUGCAGCAACUCUUGGUUCAGGAAAUUUAAGAUUGGCUGUACUUCUUCCAGAGGGUGAAGAUCUUAAUGAAUGGGUUGCUGUCAACACUGUUGAUUUUUUUAACCAAAUAAACAUGUUGUAUGGUACAAUAACAGAGUUUUGCACUGAGGAAAGUUGUUCUAUAAUGUCUGCGGGACCCAAGUAUGAAUAUCACUGGGCAGAUGGUCUUACUGUGAAGAAACCUAUUAAGUGUUCUGCUCCCAAAUACAUUGAUUAUUUAAUGACUUGGGUUCAGGAUCAAUUGGAUGACGAAACAUUGUUUCCCUCAAAAAUCGGUGUUCCUUUUCCUAAAAAUUUUUUAUCCAUUGCUAAGACAAUACUUAAACGGUUAUUCAGGGUUUAUGCACAUAUAUAUCAUACACAUUUUGACUCAAUAGUUUCUUUAGGUGAGGAAGCACAUCUCAAUACAUCUUUUAAGCAUUUCAUAUAUUUUGUUCAAGAGUUUGUACUAAUUGAUCGAAGAGAAUUGGCUCCAUUACAGGAUUACAUUGAUAAAUUGGCUGGUAGAGAAACUAGAUAAAUUAAUCUGGUGCUUAAUAAUCUUGACUAAGCAUAACUGGUCCAUAGCUUUAAUCAUUCAGAUGUGAUACAUUCUUACUUUAAUUAUAAAAUAGUUGACAUUUACAUACACAUGUUCAUAUUAAAAAAAAAAAAAAAAAAACUGUCAUUUAUU